AUGCUCUAUUAUUCGCCCUCUCUCCCUGUUGUUCACGUGUCACCGGAAGCUGACGACAAUCCGACAUUGCGCGGAAAUUGCUGCAAUGGCGGUUCACUUAACGUCGUCGUCGUCGUCCUUACAGUAUGGAAAAUGGGCAAAUUUUUUUUUUGUGGCAAUCGCACGCUUGCCACGGAAGUCUUUCGUUCCGAGGUUUCCGGGGACUCCGAAUCUAUCUAUCUAUCUAUCUAUCUAUCUAUCUAUCUAUCUAUUUUAGGAUAUUACACCGAAAACCUGUCAAAAUCGCUACACAACUGCAGCCCUAUCGAAAAGUGUAAUCAUAUCUAUCUAUCUAUCUAUCUAUCUAUCUAUCUAUCUAUCUAUCUAUCCAGCUCUGGCUUUAUCUAUCUAUCUAUCUAUCUAUCUAUCUAUCUAUCUAUCUAUCUAUCUAUCUAUCUCCAUUUAUAUGUGUUUUUGUAUGUUUGUCUAUCUAUCUAUCUAUCUAUCUAUCUAUCUAUCUAUCUAUCUAUCUAUCUAGCCAGAUUAGUCUGUUCAACUCCCUAUAUUACAGUCUAUCGAUUUAUAGAUAUGUGUUUUUGUAUGUUUGUCUAUCUAUCUAUCUAUCUAUCUAUCUAUCUAUCUAUCUAUCUGUCAAACUCGGAUCUCAUAAUCUGA